AUUUGGCAGGUAGCUAAAAACAAGCUGAACUUCACAAACUCUUUCAAAAUGAAGCUGUCAAUCAUUCUCGGAGUUAUCCACAUGAUGUUUGGUGUUUGUUUGAGUUUCUUCAAUCACAGACAUUUUAAGAAGCCCUUGAACAUUGUGUGUGAGUUCAUUCCACAAGUAUUAUUUCUGGGCUGCAUCUUUGGCUACCUUGUUAUUCUGAUAUUUUACAAGUGGAUUUCCUUUAGUGUAACAAGCAAGCAUCUUCCAAGUUUGCUUUUGGCAACCAUCAACAUGUUCUUGGCAUUUGGUAAAGAUAUCAAAGAUGAAGAUCUUUUGUAUUCUGGACAGUCUGCCAUCCAGCCCUUGCUUGUUGUAACAGCUGUUUUAUGUGUUCCAUGGAUGCUUUUACUAAAGCCACUAUAUCUCAGACAUCAACACAAAAAGAAACAAGAACCGGAGGGAUUUCAUCGCUUGCGAGGUGAGACUAGCUCAGACUCAGAACUUCCAAGAGGCAUACAAGAUGAAGCUCAGGGAGAAGUAAUCCACAAUGAAGAAUUUCAGAAACAGCAAGCUUCUGARCACGAAGAGGAGUUUGACUUUGGUGARGUAUUUGUCCAUCAGGCUAUCCAUACAAUUGAGUACUGUCUUGGWUGUAUUUCAAACACAGCCUCUUAUCUACGUCUUUGGGCUCUGAGUUUAGCGCACGCUGAGCUUUCCGAGGUUCUUUGGACCAUGAUCCUCCACCUUGCAUUGCCAAUGAAAGGAGCGCUUGGAAUAGUGGGUACAUUUGCAUUGUUCACCGUGUGGGCAGAACUSACCAUUGCAAUUUUACUCGUCAUGGAAGGACUGUCGGCCUUUUUGCAUGCUCUUCGUCUUCAUUGGGUGGAAUUUCAAAGCAAGUUCUACACUGGCGCUGGAUACUUGUUUAUGCCGUUCUCUUUUGAGCACAUUCUGUCGGGUGAAGAUGGAGAUUAAAGUCAUUCAAGACAACUGGUGCUUUGAGUUGACGCACCGUGAAUAUGCAUUAUGAUCAUUUCGACAUGGAUGGAAUAAUGGGCCUGGAAUAAUUAUUGUAGAAUGAAACUAAUGCUGAAUAAAAUAGGUUGGGAAAAAGAG